UCUCUUCAGCCACAAACUUCAUUGGACUUCUUUCCCCACUUCUUUGCUAUUCGUCCACUGGUUCGGAAAUGGCGGGGUUAGGUUUACGGUUGAAGGCGGCGACAUGGACGUUGAGGAGCGGAGCAGCUACUUUAACGAGGGAAAUGGGGAAGGGUGUUCGUCGAUUCUCUUCUGAAGUUGAAAACGAUGUUCCAACUUCAGGAAUCAGUAGACCUCUCGCCGAGAUUCUCAAGGAGCUUAACAAAAAGAUUCCAGAUUCAGUCAUCAGAACCAGAGUUGAAGAUGGGUCCUCCAUUAAAUACAUUCCCUGGCACAUUGUUAAUCGGAUCAUGAAUAUGCAUGCUCCAGGUCUGCUAAACCCUUCUUGUUCUUUUGGGUUUUUGGUUUUUGACAUUUUUGUCUGUGAUUCUAUGUUUACAGAAUGGUCAGGCGAAGUUCGAAGUGUUACUUACUCACCUGAUGGUAACACUGUUACUGUGGCUUAUCGAGUGACUCUCUAUGGCACUGAUGCUGAGAUUUUUAGGGAAUCAACAGGUACUACUCCUGUAGAUUGCAAAGGCUAUGGUGAUGCUGUGCAAAAGGCUGAAGCAAUGGCAUUUCGCCGUGCGUGUGCAAGAUUUGGAUUAGGGCUUCAUCUUUAUCACGAGGAUGCUUUGUAAAUGGUGUCUUUUUACAGCGGGAAAGUAGAAGUUUUUUUUGUGUGUGUUCCCACUGCCUAGUAGUGUAGUUGUUGAGGAUAAAACUCAGGGAAGCUUAUGUUUUGGUAUCUAAGAUCUGUAUUUACUGAUAUUUGAUAGCUUUGGGAUUUGAAGUCGGAUAAUGAAAUGAGCCUCUGUUGCAUAUCUGUUACUUAACUUAAGGUUGCAACUUUAACCAGUAAGAGUAUCAAUUGGAAACU